UGAGGAUGGUCAUUAUAUGCUAUGAAACUUGGAUGGGAAUGGGAUGGCAGCGCUUGCUUCCUACCCAGAAAAGGACAGCGCACUAGAGACCGAUCCAUUGGCCGACCUGGCCGCCACCAGCAAUCGCUCCAGCCAGAAAUGCCGCCGCUCCUCCUCCUCCUCCUCCUCCUCCUCCUCGCCGCCACGCUCCUCCAUGUCGGCCUCUCCGACACCGUGGCCUAUGAUCACAGGGGCCUUAUCAUCAAUGGCCAGCACCGGAUGCUCAUCUCGGCAUCCAUCCACUACCCUCGCGCAGCUCCUCAGAUGUGGAGCCAGCUCAUCUCCAAUGCCAAAGCCGGUGGAAUUGACGUGAUCGAAACGUACGUCUUCUGGGACGGGCAUCAGCCCACCAGGGACACUUACAACUUCGAGGGGCGAUUCGACCUGGUUUCGUUUGUCAAGUUGGUCCACGAGGCGGGCCUAUAUGCCAAUCUCCGGAUCGGCCCUUACGUGUGCGCGGAAUGGAACCUCGGGGGCUUCCCCGUGUGGCUCAAGGACGUGGCAGGAAUUGAAUUCAGAACAAACAACCAGCCCUUCAAGGCGGAGAUGCAAACGUUCGUGGAGAAGAUCGUGGCGAUGAUGAAACAUGACAAGCUUUUCGCGCCUCAGGGUGGACCAAUCAUACUGGCUCAGAUUGAGAACGAGUAUGGCAACAUCGACGCGGCAUAUGGAGCGGCAGGAAAGGAGUACAUGGUGUGGGCCGCAAACAUGUCCCAGGGUCUCGGCACGGGUGUGCCCUGGAUCAUGUGCCAGCAGUCGGACGCACCAGACUACAUCCUAGACACUUGCAACGGCUUCUACUGCGAUGCCUGGGCUCCCAACAACAAGAAGAAACCCAAAAUGUGGACCGAGAAUUGGAGCGGCUGGUUCCAGAAAUGGGGAGAGGCAUCCCCGCACAGGCCCGUGGAAGACGUUGCCUUCGCUGUAGCCCGUUUCUUCCAGCGCGGGGGAAGCUUCCAAAACUACUACAUGUACUUUGGCGGCACCAAUUUCGGGCGAUCAUCCGGAGGCCCAUACGUUACGACCAGCUACGAUUACGACGCACCCAUUGAUGAGUUUGGAGUAAUUCGCCAGCCCAAAUGGGGCCAUUUGAAGCAGCUGCACGCUGCAAUCAAGCUCUGCGAAGCCGCGCUUGGCUCCAACGAUCCCACCUACAUUUCCUUGGGCCAACUGCAAGAGGCCCAUGUCUACGGGAGCACGUCAUCCGGAGCUUGUGCAGCUUUUCUGGCAAACAUUGAUUCCAGCUCCGAUGCCACCGUGAAGUUCAACUCUCGGACGUAUCUUCUACCCGCCUGGUCUGUCAGUAUUCUCCCCGACUGCAAAACAGUCAGCCACAACACCGCUAAGGUCUCUCACUCUCUCUCCCUUCUUCUCAUGCUGACGAUGAAACGUUUCUAUCCGAAGGUGGACGUUCAAACAGCCAUGCCAACAAUGAAGCCCUCCAUCACGGGGUUGGCCUGGGAAUCCUAUCCUGAACCAGUCGGAGUGUGGAGCGACAGUGGUAUUGUGGCGUCGGCAUUGCUCGAACAAAUCAACACAACCAAGGAUACAAGCGACUACCUUUGGUACACCACAAGCCUGGAUAUCUCUCAAGCAGAUGCCGCGUCUGGAAAAGCACUUCUUUAUCUUGAAAGCAUGAGAGACGUAGUUCAUGUCUUUGUCAACGGAAAACUAGCAGGCAGCGCAAGCACAAAGGGAACCCAACUGUAUGCCGCUGUGGAACAGCCUAUCGAGCUAGCCUCGGGGCACAACUCCCUGGCGAUUCUUUGCGCUACGGUUGGCCUACAGAACUAUGGUCCAUUUAUCGAGACAUGGGGUGCCGGCAUCAACGGCUCGGUCAUAGUCAAGGGCCUUCCCUCGGGUCAAAUAGAUCUCACUGCUGAAGAAUGGAUACACCAGGUAGGCCUCAAGGGGGAAAGCUUGGCCAUCUUCACGGAGAGCGGAUCUCAGAGAGUGAGGUGGUCGUCGGCAGUCCCUCAAGGGCAGGCAUUAGUGUGGUACAAGGUAAUCUUCCAACACCAUGGUAUCACAUGUAUCGUGUGGAUUGCAAUGCAGGCGCACUUUGACAGCCCCAGCGGCAACGAUCCGGUGGCUUUGGACUUGGAAAGCAUGGGGAAGGGCCAGGCAUGGAUCAACGGGCAGAGUAUUGGGCGCUUUUGGCCAUCCUUGCGUGCACCUGACACUGCCGGAUGCCCUCAAACGUGUGACUAUCGCGGCAGCUAUUCCUCUUCCAAGUGCAGGAGUGGCUGUGGCCAACCUUCUCAGCGAUGGUACCAUGUUCCACGCAGCUGGCUCCAAGACGGCGGAAACUUGGUGGUGUUGUUUGAGGAGGAAGGUGGCAAGCCGUCUGGUGUGUCAUUCGUGACCAGGACGGUGGUUUGAGCAGGCGCCGGCCCUGCUUGCUUCUUGUGCUUGCUGAGGUAACUGGGCCGACAAAACAAGCCUAGUACAUAUAUAUAUCUAUAUACAAAUUUCUGGGAUCCCCUUUCAA